AUGGUGAUGGUGCACGACACGUACCGCUCCGUCCUCUCUUCCGCAAAGAACGACGGCGCGGAGCGGCAGGCGCGGGCGGCCGCCCAGACGGCCGCUGCCGCCGGCAGCGCCUCCGAAGCGUAUGGCGGCACGAACGGUGAGGCCGAGAGGGAGCGAGAGCUGGCGGAGUACCGGCGGCUGCUGCAGGACCCCGGUCCGGACGUCCUCGUGAUCGACGAGGCGCACGUGAUCAAGAAUGAGAAGAACCAGCUGCGCGCGGUCCUCGCCGGCGUGCGCACGAUGCGGCGCGUGUUGCUGACGGGGACGCCGCUCCAAAACAACUUGCGCGAGUACUUCCACAUGCUCGGCGACCUCGACACCUUCAAGAGGCUGUACGAGAGCACCAUCACCGACGGCCAGUUCCGGUACGGCGAGGACGACGACGAGUCGCGCUCGCAAAGGGCAAAGACGCGGCGCGAGGCAAAGAAGCGGCGCAAGGACAUGUCCAAGCGUAUCUGGGCCCUCACGCGCAAGCUCGACAAGCUGGUGCAGCGGCGGGGCGUCGAGGUGCUGCAGCGCGACCUGCCGCGCUCGCAGCAGUACGUGAUGGUCCUGCGGCCGACGCCGACGCAGCGCGCGCUCUACAACGCCAAGGUCGAGUCGAUGGCCGGGCGGCAGCAGCUCUUCGAGUUCAUGACCGACAUGCUCCGCAUCUACAACCACCCCGCGGCCCUCCUCGACCCAAAGACGCUCGCCCCGAACGCCAAGCUCGUUGCGAAGCACGAUCCGCUCCGGUGCCCCUCCCAUACGAAAGCUGCUGGCGAACGCAUAUGUGAUCAGCUCCUCUUGGUGUCCAAUGUGUUGCUGAUACCACGGUGCGAGCCUGCCGUUUUGGCGGCAGUCGUGGUACUCCGGGUGGCAGUCGCCAAUCACCAGGCAGAGAUUCGGCUGUACAGGCAGGCGUUGGCAUGUGAGUGCGACUCCUGCUCGCACAGCGGUAUCGCUUCAGCCAGGCUCGAGAGUGCCCUUCUGCCACCAUCGGUGUUUUUGGCUUCGCCACCGUGUUGGCGCGAGUCAGCGCAAAUGGCGCGCCGAAUGUUGGUCCUACUGCCGGUGAUAGCGGCGGCGGUGGCCACUCCCGAGGGCAGCCGCUCCCGCUCGCCCGCGACCCUGCCGGUGAUAGCGGCGGCGGUGGCCACUCCCGAGGGCAGCCGCUCCCGCUCGCCCGCGACCAAGGCGGCGGUGGAGAGCACUCAGGCGGUGUACGACAGCGCUGCAAAAGACAAGGAGGCCACCGACACCGAGCUCGUCAGUGCGCUCUCGGAUGCCAUCGCUGCGGACCUCUCGGCUGCCAACUCGAAC